UGCAGCAAACCAGUGACUAACAUGGCUGAAGAUAAUUACACUCCCCCUUCACACACACUUGCCUUCAACUUCCCCCGGAUUUCUAACCACACACACCUGUUUACAAUCUCACACACACUCACUCCACACUACAUAAGAGACUCUUGGAGAUUACACGGGAGGUGUUGUGGCGGCUUUGGAUUGAAAACAACAUCAUUAACAAACUUUCAAGAAUGAUUUAAUGACGAGGCAGUGAGAUGGCAGUGUGUGCUCUGUCCAUAUUGGAUGGCCUGAGCGAUGAGGCCACAGUGCUGGGAGGUGUGCUCAUCCUGCUCCUGGCGCUGGUCCUGGCCUGGCUCUCCACCCACGUGGUUGAUGGUGGUGAUCACAUCCUGGGUACCAUCCUCACCGUGGGUGCCCACGCCUCGCUCAUUGGCUUAGAAGGCCAUGAUGGCUACGCGAUUGCUCCGUCCAGCUCGGAGUCAGGUGAGCAGCAGAGCGAUGAGGCAACAGAAGAGGACAAACAGGAGGAUGAAGAGGAGGAGGGAGAAGGAGGAAAGGAGCUGUUGGAUAUCCAAGGAGGCCGGAAGAAAAUGAGCCGAGGGCGUGAGGGGGAGAACAAGGGAACGGAGGACAAAGAGGAUGAGGGCACGUGCAACACAAUGCGGCUGAAGUUUUUGAAUGAUACAGAGGAGCUGGCUGUGCUGAAGCCUCAGGAUACAGUCGGAGUGCAGAAAAGUAAGUACUUCUCUGGGCGCGAACGUGAGAUUAAGCUGAUCUAUCAGGGGCAGCGGCUGCAGGACCCACGACGCACUCUCCUCUCACUCAACAUCACCCACAACAGCGUGCAGCACUGCCACAUCUGCCAGGUCCCGAGUCCAGCCUUGCCCCAGGCCGAGCCGGACGACGGGCAGCGUGCUCAAGCCUGAGCAGG